UCCGAUUCCAUUUCUAUCGAGAAAGUUCCGGAAGUGUCCCGGUAGAUGUCGCGGGCUUUGCGGGACGCAAUCUUAUCCAGUACUGCACUCUUGUCUGAUGGAUUGUUUUUACGUUCGAAAAUAAACACGGUUGCGUUCUCGCUUGCCUUGUUUGAGAGACGAAAUGGCCAUAUGAUUGAAUGCGUGUUGCGCACAAGGAGAUGAAGUGAACGGUCAACGGUAACUUUGAAGUUCGAGGAAAAGCUUCCACGGAGAGGAGAGCGUUUUAAAGUCGUUUGGAGUUAACUGUUAAAGCUUUUUGCGUCUUAAGAAAGCACGUUCUAUUUAGAAUCUACAAAAAAUUGUAAUUCCUGAAUAUUAGGUCGGAAGUCCAUCUGGAGGGAGGGGGGGAGAGGGGCAAUAAAGAAGAAGACGCGCGCCUACGCUGAAGAUGUCGAUCGUCGUGAGAAUCGUAAGAAAGUGAGCGACUCGAUCAGCACAUCGUCAAGUUUAUUGCGUAGCUACUGUGAUCUUCGGGUCAGAUAAUCAUUGGGCACAGAAGCAGAAGAAGAGGAAAAUAACAACUUCUAGUCCUAGUAAGUAAUAUUCGGAGACCUCAUAUAACUAGAAAAGAAGAGGAAAAGCGACAGGACGCAGUCAGGACAGAAAAGAUUCUACUUUAAUUCCUUUGAUCCUCUGCACGAUCGAAAAAUCUAUUUCCGGCUAGUACACGACAUUGCAGAAAGAGAAAAACUUGUCGCGAAUCUUCCUCGCGCGAGAUGACCGGCAAUUCUUUCCCGAGACAAACACCAGGGUGAUCUAGUCGCUAAUAUUGUAUCACAAACACGAGAGUUCUUGAAAGAACGAAUUGGACGAAUCUUCUUUAGGAUAGAUAAAUAGACAGGUAGGUGAAUGGUUGCGAUCUCGCAUGGAGAUUAGAUGGGCGCUGUUGAGGUUAGGAAUGAUCGCAGCGUGUGGCGAAACUUCACCGAAGAGGAGCGCCUCGUAGUUUGCCAAGUUUUUGAUUGCUUUCGUAACUGCUUUUCAUCGCAUCGUGACGUCUAGGUACACAACGCUGAGAAUGAUGGACGCAGGAAUGUACACGUUCAAACCAUUUGUAUUUACCAAGCCCGUGGUGAAAGGAAAGGAACAGCCAAAGGCCAGAAGCGGCCACCGGAUUGCUUGUGAUCAUAGGAAUCUGUACUCAUAUGGCGGCUUCAAUCCAUGUGUAUCUGAUACCGACCCUGACAUGCGUGAUGACCAGAUGUGGAGUGCUAGCAAACCACUGUUUAAGGAACUAUGGCGUUUCAACUUUGUUAGCAAGCGCUGGUCCCGGCUACCUGGCCAGGAAAAUAUGCCGAAUGAACUAGCAUCGAAUGCAGUGAUACUGUGUGGCAAUACACUGAUGGUGUAUGGUGGCACUGGUGUGCCAUUCGGCGAGAGCUGCAGUAAUCAGCUGUACGUCUGCAAUGUGGACGAUGGCGCUAUCAACGCCGUGCCAGCCAUAGGCGAGCUACCUGAACCUCAGUAUGGGCAGGCACUAGUAUGCCAUGGUUCCUAUCUCUAUACAGUCGGUGGCACUACUGGUUAUGAAUAUACCUGCGACAUUCACCGCUUCGAUUUGAGAAGAGGUGUCUGGGAAGUAGUAUAUAUUUGCUCAGGCAAGGAUGAAUCAGAACCUCAUGGCAGAUACAGGCACGAACUUGCUUUUGAUGGCAAGAUGAUCUAUGUUUUGGGUGGUGGUACUUCGACAGAAUCAUAUGGUUUCUUGGAAAUACCGGCGUUUGAUUUGAAGACUAAUAGUUGGAAGAUUUUGAACACGCAUGGCGAAACUGAAGAGACUAUGGUACCGGCGCCAAGACGUUGUCACGGUUCUGUGCAGUACACAGACGAAAAGAAUGGCACUACUUCAGUCGUUAUAUCGGGUGGUUACAAUGGCGACCGAGUGUUUAAUGACGUUUGGCGACUUAAUCUUAGCACACUGCGAUGGACACGCUUGCGAGAAUGCAUUCUACCAUGUCCAGUGUAUUUUCAUUCAGCUGCGCUGACUCCGGAAGGUCGCAUGUACAUAUUCGGCGGUAUAGUCAAAAUGAACAACAAGGUUAUUAUCGUGAAAAGAACAAACGCGGUUUACUCUGCUUGGCUAACAAUUCCCAAAUUGUCCGAGAUCUGCUGGGAAGCGUUGAAUUAUUAUUGGGAGGAUUUGAAAGACGCUUCACCGGACGAGUUGCUUAGCAUGGGGAUACCAUUAAAAUUCGUACAAAGACUUGAAUUCUGCGACUGGUGA